AAAUAAGACUGCUUCUUCUUGAAUACGUGAAAUUUUUUUGGACAAAAAGAGCAAAGGGAUUUUCUGUAAUUUAGGGCGUACGCGACAAUCAAUCAAAUCCACCAUAACAAAAAUGCCGAAGUUCUAUAAACUUGACAUUAAUCGCACCGAAUGGGAGAUACCCGAAACGUACCAAAAUCUGCAGUCCGUUGGACAAGGGGCAUAUGGCCAGGUGUGCAAGGCUUUGGUGCGAGGCACCACCACAAAGGUGGCUAUAAAGAAAUUAGCCCGCCCCUUUCAGUCAGCGGUGCAUGCGAAGCGCACAUACCGCGAGCUACGUCUGCUAAAGCACAUGGAUCACGAGAACGUUAUUGGACUGCUAGACGUCUUCCAUCCGGGCCAGCCAGCAGAUUCGCUAGAGCAGUUUCAGCAGGUUUACAUGGUGACGCAUCUGAUGGACGCCGAUUUAAAUAAUAUAAUACGCACGCAGAAGUUGUCCGACGAGCAUGUGCAGUUCUUGGUCUAUCAGAUAUUGCGCGGGCUUAAGUAUAUACACAGCGCUGGCGUCAUACAUCGUGACCUGAAGCCAUCCAAUUUGGCUGUAAAUGAAGAUUGCGAACUGCGUAUUUUAGAUUUCGGUCUUGCGAGACCCGCUGAGAGCGAAAUGACCGGGUAUGUGGCCACACGAUGGUAUCGCGCUCCGGAAAUCAUGCUCAAUUGGAUGCACUACAAUCAGACGGUGGACAUUUGGUCUGUGGGCUGCAUUAUGGCAGAGCUUUUGACCGGUCGUACACUUUUCCCGGGCACCGAUCACAUACACCAGCUGAACCUGAUCAUGGAGAUAUUGGGCACGCCAAACGAUGAGUUCAUGAGCAAGAUUUCAUCGGAGAGCGCACGCACCUACAUACGAUCGUUGCCGGUGAUGCCGCGCCGCAACUUCCGUGAUAUUUUUCGGGGUGCCAAUCCGCUAGCUAUUGAAUUGCUUGAGAAGAUGCUGGAGCUAGAUGCGGAGAAGCGCAUUACUGCUGAACAGGCGCUGGCACAUCCCUAUAUGGAGAAAUGGCAUGAUCCCAGCGAUGAGGCGACAUCAACACUGUACGAUCAAAGUUUUGAGGAGAACGAGCUACCGGUGGAGAAAUGGAAGGAGCUCGUGUUCACCGAAGUGCGUGACUUUAAACCGCCGCAGGCAUUCGCCGACCUCUUGCCGCAGGCUCAAUAGCUGACGAUGUGUUUUUCAAAUGACGGAGGCAGAGACGUCAAGUCUAUGAACGAUGCUACAAAUUUAGUUAUUAAAAUAUGAGAGUCCAAUCGUAUUCGUAAUUUCAUAACUGUUUCAAAAACAAGUCACAGCCUUAAUGUCCAGUUCAACUUUUUGGUGUUGGUGUUUAACAAUAUAUUAACAUACUAUUUAUGUGUGUACAGUGAAAGCUCUCUUGGGCGGACAAUUACGGUCAACUAUGUUUGCUAAGAUAAAAAAUUACCAAAUUCAUUCAUACUUUUUUUUUUUUUUAAUUUUACAUGAUUUGUGUAUGUUCAAGAUAAAUUAAAAGCAAAAAAUAGCAUGUCAUCAGAUAGUAGAGCUUUCACUGUAUAUACUUUUGAGUAUUGAUUGUAUAAAUGUAAAUGUAUGUAUAAUUAUGUACAAGUCUUCAAAGUGCAGUAGAUAGCUAUAUAGCCAUAGAAGAGCACGAGCUCUGCAUAAAUAAAAUAUAAUGCUAUUGUAUUUACAAAAGUGCAGUUCAAACCAAAA